AUGGAAGAGAAAAGUUCUUGGCGCAAUAUUCCCAUUCUUAAUCACUUUAAUUGCUUUGCUCUCCCAAGCACAACGAAGAAUGCUGUGGAGAGUGUUGAUGAUGAAGAUAAUGAGUCCUAUAAAAGGAAAACAAAAGGAGGAAAUGAGAGCUGCGAGAAAAUAGCAGUUGUCGGGUUGCAGUCCAACAUGUCCAUCUAUUUAAAAACAAAAUACAACAUGAAGUUAGUUACAAUUGUAAAUAUGCUGAAUAUUUGGUCUGGUACAACAAGCUUUGCAACCCUGGGAGGAGCCUUUCUUGCAGAUUCUUAUAUCGGCCGAUAUCUUACCAUAGUCAUUGCCUCCCUUUCAUAUUUCCUCGGAAUGGGCCUUUGGACUCUCACGGCUCUAGUUCCGGCACUACGGCCACCACAUUGUAGUGACGAACAGGCAAAGUCAAAAGAAUGCAAAAGUCCUUCAAAAGAGCAGAUGUUUUUUCUUGUGGUGGCGUUUGUAUUCAUGUCGAUUGGCUCAGCGGGAAUAAGACCAUGUGCCAUGGCGUUUGGAGCAGAUCAGUUUCAAGAGAAAGGAAAAGAAGCAGCUCAACAAAAGAAAAGUUUACAUAGUUUCUUUAAUUGGUAUUACCUUGCAAACGCCGCAACCGUGCUGGUGGCCGGCAUUGCUAUUCUUUACCUUCAGACCAAUGUGAGUUGGGGUUUGGGCUUCGGUGUGCCUACUCUUCUCAUGCUCAUUUCAUUAAUUGCCUUCGUUCUUGGGACACCCAUUUUCCACCGUGAGGUUCCACAGGGGAGUCCUUUCACUGGUAUUGCACAGAUUGUCGUGGCGUUCAUCAAGAAAAGGAAUUUGCCUCUGCCCUCUGAUCCCACAUUGUUAUAUUCCGACCCAAGGGGCCCAAAAACUCAUCCUACACCUAAAUUCAGGUUCCUGAACAAGGCCGCCAUAGCGAGAGAAGGAGACUGCAAGCAAGCAGACGGUUCCAUUGCCCGGCCAUGGAGGCUCUGUUCAAUCCAAAGAAUAGAGGAAUUGAAAGUGAUCCUCACAAUUCUACCCAUAUACUCCUGCUUAAUCAUCGACUCAAUUACAAGCGGACAGCAGGGAAUCACACCGCUUCAAAGAAUGGGCAUCGGCUACAUUAUUUCCUCCCUCUCCUUGUUGGUAGCCGGUUUAGUUGAAUUGAAGAGAAGGAAUGUGGCCAAAGGCCACGGUCUCAUGGACGACCCAUCUGCCAUUGUUCCAAUUUCAGUGUUUUGGCUUGUGCCUCAGUUUGUAAUACAGGGACUGGGAAUUUGCUUUCACGUUGUGGGCUAUAUGAAUUUGUUCUAUAAUGAGUUUCCGACUAACUUACGUAGCACUGCCAUGGCGCUGGCAUCUUGCAUGUAUGCGUCGGGGGACUAUUUAAGCGCUGUUUUUGUGUCGGUCAUUCACAGAACUACGGGUGUUCAUGGGAAGCCCGAUUGGCUUGACGAUAAUGUUAAUCUUGGUCGUCUUGAUUAUCUCUACUGGCUUUUGUCUGCCAUGGGGGCUGUGAAUGUGGUAUAUUUCUUGUUCUGUUCAUCUCGGUAUACUUAUAGAGAAAAUCCCGUUGCGGAUGCCGACCAAACGUCUGGCAUGUCUGAUGGUCGAGAGAUGGAGUCUAAGCAAAUACAUGUAUAA